AUGGCCAUUCAAAAGAUUAUCGAAUCUCUUACCGUCAAAGAAUAUCUCUUCUUUAUCGUCUUAAUUACUGUUGUCUAUAUUUUUAACUUUUAUUACAAAUACUUUACUCGUACUAAUCCACUCCCGGGCCCGUUCCCUUUACCAUUCAUUGGAAACAUCCAUAAUGUCGGUCUUGAUGUAAGAAAGUUCUAUAAGGAAUGUCGACAGAAAUAUGGCGAUACUUGUGAAGUAAUGCUUAUGGGACUUAGAUGCAUUGUUCUCACGCGACCAGAUGAUAUUGAAAAAAUAUUAUCUCCAGCAUCAAAAGGUGAUGCAUAUAUAAGGAGGUUUCCGUAUACAGAAGGUGAAGCUGAAAUUGGGCAUUAUGGAUAUGGGCUUCUUAAUAACAUUAGUUAUAAACAUUGGAAGCGUAAUAGACAAUCCUUUACUCAUCUACUUGCACCUAAAUUUAUGGAUACGGUAAUAAAUUCUGCGAAUAAUUUGUAUGAAGAAUUAAGUGAAUAUUGGCAUACCCUUGGAAUACAACGUAAUAAUAAUGUUAAUGCUGAUAAUUGGGCGUUAGAAAUAGAUUUUCCUGCAUGGCUUUAUGGAUAUUCGAACGAUCUUAUUUCAAUACUAAUCACUGGAGAACGCACAUAUUCAAUGGUCUCUUAUUAUAACAAAAUAAGCAAUAUAAAGUCUAAAUUUUUUAAUGCGCUUAUCGAAGAUGAGGACACAUUCGUUCAGUCAAUUAUAAAACAUAUUGAUGGUGUCGAAUUUUUCAUGUUCAUUAACCCAUUCAUAAGACAUUAUGCUCCAAUAAUCAGAGACAAAUCAAUUUCUAUUUUAAAAAACCGUGAUUACUUAUUUGGAAGAUUGCGUAUGGUAAUUAAGAAGAGAAGGGAAGAAAUUGAAAAAAUGUCAGCGGAUACAGAAAUGAAAACCGAUAUGUUAACUUCCUUAAUCAUUGCAAACAAAAUAAGGGAUACUGAUAGUAUAACCGACAAACCAAUGAAUGAUGAGGAAAUCAGAGGCAAUUUAUUAGAAGCAUUUAUGGGUGGAACGGAAACCGGUCCUAAUGCAUUCUGUUACAUAACUUACUAUCUUUGCAAACACCCGCAUAUAAAACAAAAGGUGCUUUCAGAAAUUGACUCCGUCUUCCCGAAAUCAUCUAAUAAAUUUAGUGUAACACACGAUGAUCUCCUAAAACUAAAAUAUUGUGAAGCUGUAAUUAAAGAAACUCUCCGCCUUAUGCCUGUAAUUGGUCUUAACACUCGUUAUGUUACUGAAGAGUGUAAAAUUGCUGGAUAUAAAUGGCCUGCUGGUACACUGUUUCAUUUGGAUGUUUUAUCAACAAAUAGGGAUCCAGAGCUUUGGCCUAAUCCUGAAGUUUAUGAUCCAGAUAGGUUUUAUAAUAAUGAUCAAUCUGAUAAAAAAUUUUUACCAAUAUUUGGUGGAGGUCUACGAAUUUGCCCAGGAAGAAAGUUAGCAGUGGUCGAACUACUUAUAUUAAUGGCAUCAGUAUAUAAAAAUUUUAAUUUAGACUUAACGAAUACCCAUGAGUCAUUAAAAAUUUCUACUAACGGAGUUAUUCCUAAAGUUCUGGAGAUGAAUGUUAGAAUUAGUCCCCGAAUUUAA